CUGAUCGUAUGCUACGCUAUUACCUUGCACAAGUCACAAAGCAUCAUAGAAGAUAUGAUCGUUACGGAUCUCUCCUGCCUGGACUUUUAGACCGGUUUAAGCUACGUGGCUGUCUCUCGUGUGAAAACGCUUGAGGGUUUGAUGUUGGAUGCGCCAUUUGAUCGUAAUCACCUGGUCUACCGGUCUCCCCCGGGUGGCAUGAAGAUGAAGAUAAGGGAUCAGGAGCUUAAGAAACGACAGGUUCUUACACGGAGUCCUUACAUGAUAUAUAAUACCAAGAAUGGCCAUGGCACUGGAUCAGUACGUAGAUAAUGCAAUAGUAGUAAUAGCUUCCCGGCCCGCGGACACACAGCCUUCGGCUGAGGCUACCCCAUGCACCCCAUCGCCACUCCAAUGUGCAUGGGGUGACGUAGUAUUUUAUCAACUUGGUGUUGGAAUUCUUUAUAAGUCCUAUCCAAGUGCAGCAUUUAAAAUCUGCUAUCAGUAUACUGACAGUGAUGCCGCAAUAGGUGCCCUCAGGCAUGCAAAGGCGACUAAGGCAGGCUUCCAUCUUGAGGAGCGAGUUCUUACCUGGGAUCCACUCGCCGCAGAUUUCCAUAGCGCCUGGCUUUCAGUGAUAUCCAUGGCUGCUGCUCGAGGCAAAGAGCGGAUUGUCAAGUACCUUGUUUCUGAAUGCAAUGCCCAGAUCAACCCGAUCCCUGACGACCCUGAUUACAUGAUUGGACACCUCCUCUUGAGGCUGCGAUUCGCGGACAUGUCGUGUCGGAGCCGUCGAGUCGCGGAGACGCGCUACUGUGGCUGAGUGGUUAUGGCUGUGCCCUCCACAUGGUUUGAACUCGGCGCGAGGGCGUCCCUAACGUCGUUGUGCCUGCGGCCCGUGACAGAUAUAUUAGUGAGUUCAACUUUGAGGUUGAAGUUAAACUGAUUGAAUUGUUUAUAUCGCUGGCAUAUUCAGCUUAUAUUACUGCCGGAUAGUAUUUUGUUGGUGGGAAGUCAAUUGCAAUCUAACAGCCAUUUAUUAAGUAUGUUUUCCAUUGCGCCGUGUUUAUGGCCACAUUGAAAGACCCUUUGAAAGGCAGGUGGGAGCCUCAGGCAUCAUAGCUAUCAUGCCUCAAGUCACGUAACUCGCACGUAGAGAUAGAUCCGAUCUUCAUCAUCGCUAAAACCCAAAGGCAUCUGUGUCAAGGAAUAUGUGAACGUAACUUGAAGUGCCCUGACGAAAAGUCUGGUGUCAGUAGGGCAAUAUAUCA